AUGUCCCAGUCAUUCCAUGUGUCUUCUUCAAUCCCGGGCAGUAGUCCCAUAAAACCAAGUAAUUGUGGCUCCGACCUGGCUGCGCGCCUCGAGGCGGCUCGAAUCGAGUCUGCCCCUGAUGAGGCACCACGCGCAGUGAGGUCGGAGCCACGAAAGGUGAUUGUUGUGGGAGCCGGAAUCUCUGGUCUUCGCGCUGCUGCUUUGCUCCGCCGGUCCGGAUGUGAAGUGGUCGUGUUGGAAGCCCGCGACCGCAUCGGCGGUCGAAUCUUGACCAGCAGGAAUGGUGACCAUGUCCGUGACAUCGGUGCCGCUUGGAUGCACGAGACCUCCCAGAACAGCUUAGUGAAACUCAUCCCCCGCCUUGCCAUCCCCUACUACUACGAUGACGGCGCUCCCCUCUACUUCACUCGUGAAGGCCGUGCUGGAUCCCAGUUCAAGGCCAAGAAGGUCGCCGACGAAUUCGCCGACUACUGCGAAUGGUAUUACGACAGUCACCCCGACGCCCACGACCGUCCCGUCAGCGAAUUCGUCAAGGAAUUUGUCCUCGAACACCAGCUGAUCACGGACGAUGAGCGCCAGUGGGCGCCUCAGGCUCUCCGUGAAGUCGAAUUAUGGAUAGGAACCAGCAUCGAGCAGGCCUCCUCCAAGCACCUAUCCUACUUCAUCACUGAACGAAACCUGUACAUGAAAGGCGGCUACGACCGCAUUGUGAACUGGACCGCCCAGUCUCUCAAGAGCGACCCUAACGUGAUCCGACUCAACCAUCUCGUCGAGAACGUGGAGUGGAACGAAGAAGGCGUCGAACCGAUGCGUGUGCAUUACAAAGAUCCUGCUGGAAACCCGGGCUUCGUGGAAGGAGACGCUGUGAUUAUGUCUGUCCCAAUGGGAGUCUACCACCAUAAACUGAUCAACUUCAACCCGCCCUUGCCGAGUGACAUCGAUGAGGGCAUGUCUCGCUGGAGCUAUGCCGCGUUGGGUAAAGUAUUUUUCGAAUUCGCCGAUGUCUUUUGGCCCAAGGACAACGACCAAUUCAUCUUCUACCCCUCCCCUGCCGAAGAGUCGGAACCGUCAGCCGGCUCCUCGGUUAGCUCGACCGAUAGCCUCAGCUCUUUCGGAGAGCGAGACAACAUUCUCAAUUACCCCACCGUUACGAUUAACCUGUGGAUCAUGACCGGCGGCAAGGAGCUGUGCGUCCAGAUCGCCGAGCCGCUGACCCAGCGCAUCGAAGCAAUGCAGAAUCAGAAGGAGAUUUACAAGUUCUUCGAGCCGCUGUUCAAGCUUCUCCGGGCUGAACCCUACAAAGCCCUUCCCCGCCUGAUCAGUGUUGAAACUACACACUGGACCCAGGACCCGUUGGCCGGGUACGGCACGUACUCUGCCGAUAAAGUUGGCGAUGAGCCUGAUCUGCUUAUUGACUCGCUGGCCAACCACAAGAGUAGCCCCUUGCAGUUCGCCGGUGAGCAUUGCACUUUGGUUGCCAAUGGCUGUGUGCAUGGUGCUUUCAAAACGGGUGAAACCGCUGCCACCAACUUGCUACAGAGAUUUGGCAUCCCGUAUGAUGAGAAGGAGCUUGCCAGCCUGCAAGCUUAA